GACGGCGAACGAGACGUCUCCGAGUGAACGGUGGAACAAAUUUUAUUGUUCUUAUCGCCAGUACAGAGAUAUGAAAUUAAUAUUGUUAUCUAAAAACUGUGCUGUUCAUUUAUACGAGUGUGGAUUGUGUGCUGUUGUGUAUUGAUUACAUCUGGACUUGUUAUUUGUGUGAAGUGUUUGACGGAGGAAUCGGGGAGAUAGCUUGUGUAAUUGUGCUUUAUUAGUUCAAACGUCUCUGUAAUCAGCAGAAAUGCAGGCGAUCAAAUGCGUUGUGGUCGGCGACGGAGCCGUCGGUAAAACAUGCCUGCUCAUCAGUUACACGACAAACGCCUUCCCCGGAGAAUACAUACCAACAGUAUUCGACAACUACUCAGCCAAUGUGAUGGUAGAUGGCAAACCGAUCAACCUGGGACUCUGGGAUACGGCGGGUCAGGAGGACUACGACAGACUCCGACCGCUCUCCUACCCACAGACGGAUGUGUUCCUCAUAUGCUUCUCGCUCGUCAACCCCGCCUCCUUCGAGAACGUGCGCGCUAAGUGGUUCCCAGAAGUGAGGCAUCACUGCCCGUCAACGCCCAUCAUCCUGGUCGGCACCAAGCUCGACCUGCGCGAGGACAAGGACACCAUCGAAAAGCUUAAGGACAAGAAACUCGCGCCCAUCACCUACCCGCAGGGCCUAAGUAUGUCUAAGGAGAUCAACGCCGUGAAGUACCUGGAGUGCAGCGCGCUGACACAGAAAGGGCUCAAGACCGUGUUCGACGAGGCCAUCCGCGCCGUGCUGUGCCCCGUGCCGCCCGUCAAGAAGAGGCGCGCCUGUAGCCUGCUGUAGAGAUUCGCAUAGACAGCGGUGCCAGUGUGCAGUGUGCGACCAGCAUGGCUUCUGCAGCGCGACGGUCGCGUCGCUCGACACAAGUGCUGUAUAUAAAGUGGACUGCAAUACGCAUACAUACAUGUUAGUUUACUGUUAACGCAUACUAAUGUAACGUGGGUCGGUGUGUGUCAUCCCUAUAAUAUAUAACGGUUUUUAUGAAUUCGGAACAACUCACUAUUGGGUGCUUUACUCUUGACGCGUUCUUUGCUUUACAUUAAAAGUUACAUUCCUACAUUUGUUAAUGAAUUGCUUCGGUACAAAUUGUUUCAUGGAUUUAC